AUGAGCAGCAAGACGAUGCGCGCGGUGUCGGUGGGCGAGCCGGGCACGGUGGCAGACGACGUGCCCAGGCCCGAACUGAAGCACGCCUAUCUGCUGGUCAAGAUCACUGCACUCAAUCAUGCCCACACGGGCCAGCAGCUGCCCAAGUAUCCGCCUCCGCAGGGCGACCCUGCGGUGCUGGGCCUCGAGAUGGCGGGCGUGGUCGAAGAGGUCGGCGAAGGUGUGACCUCGUUCAAAGCCGGCGAUCGCGUGUGUGCGCUGCUUGGCGGAGGCCUUGCCGAGUACUGCGUCAUCCACCAGGACACCGCCAUGCACAUUCCCGAGAACUUGUCUGACGAAGAGGCGGCGGCCAUUCCGGAGGUCUUUCUCACGGCCUACCAGGCGCUCGUGUGGAUCGGCGGCCUCGAGGCCAACAAGCGCGUCCUCAUCCACGCCGGCGUGAUCAUCACGGCGUUGAAGGAUAAGCUGAGCUUCUGUCACGAGGUGGGCGCCGACGAGACCAUCGACCUCCGCGAAAACGAGGGCAGAUGGGCCGACAAGGUGCUCUCGCUCACCGGAGGCAAGGGCGUUGACAUCAUCAUCGAUGUCGUCGGAGCGCCGUUCUGGGAGCAGAACCUGGCCGCCCUCGCCAUGGACGGCACGCUGGUGCUGCUGGCGUUCUGGAGCGGCUCCCAGAUCUUCAGUUGCGAUGUUGUGGCCAUUCUGCGCAAGCGGUUGAGCAUUCGCGGAUCGACGCUGAGGGCGCGCUCGCUCAACUACCAGAUGAAGCUCACCAAGUUACACGCCCUGGGUAAGGAAUUUGAGGCAUUCGCGAUGGACAAGUUCGAGGGGCGACUCAAGGCCGUCAAGACCUGCUCGUACCUGGAGAGCGGUCAUAGGUUGGGCAAGAUUGAGUAA